AUCUGUUGCCCUAAUGCGACUCGGCUAGGAAGAAGCGUAAAGGCUUGCGAGGCUGAAAUAAGGAGAAGACGGGUAGAUACAGCCAAGAAUUAAAAGAGGAUGGAAAGGCGUCAGGAGUCUAUGUGCAGAAACCCUCAUGAGCUCUAUUGGAGAAUGCAGAGGAGCAAAGAAAAGACAGUGAAAGAAAUGUUAGAGGAGCAACAGUUGGUGCACACUAAGAAGAAGCUGAAGGUGUGUGUGGCGACCUGUAACAGAGCUGACUACUCCAAACUCGCUCCCAUAAUGUUUGGGAUCAAGUCCUACCCUGAUGAGUUUGAACUGGAGGUGGUGGUAUUAGGUUCGCAUCUCAUCGAUGACUACGGGAACACCUUCCGUAUGAUUGAGCAGGAUGACUUUGACAUUGGCUGCAAGCUCCACACCAUAGUGCGAGGAGAGGACGAGGCGGCCAUGGUGGAGAGUGUUGGCCUGGCACUGGUCAAACUGCCAGACGUCCUACAGAGACUUAGUCCAGAUGUACUGGUGGUCCACGGUGACCGCUUUGACGCGCUGGCCCUGGCGACCGCCGCCGCCCUAAUGAACAUCAGGAUACUUCACCUGGAGGGAGGAGAGGUAAGCGGUACCAUUGACGACUCGAUCCGUCAUGCCAUCAGCAAACUGGCCCACUACCAUGCCUGCUGUACACGCAGUUCUGAGCAGCACCUUAUCGCUAUGUGUGAGGACCACUCUCGCAUCCUGCUGACCGGUUGCCCUUCCUAUGAUAAACUGCUCUUAGCACAUCACAAGAAGGACUACAUGGACAUUAUCAAGUCCUGGCUGGGCGACAGAGUGAAGGAGCAUGACUACAUUGUGGCUUUGCAGCACCCUGUCACCACCGACAUCAAGAACUCCAUAAAGAUAUAUGAGCUAAUGCUGGAUGCCCUGCUGUCCUUCAACAAGAGGACCCUCAUCCUAUUUCCUAACAUAGAUGCUGGAAGUAAGGAGAUGGUACGAGUGAUGCGGAAAAAGGGAAUAGAGCAGCACCCCAACUUCCGGGCAGUGAAGCACGUUCCCUUUGACCAGUUCAUCCAGUUAGUAUGUCAUGCUGGCUGCAUGAUCGGCAACAGCAGCUGCGGCGUACGGGAGGCUGGAGCCUUCGGCACACCAGUGAUCAACCUAGGAACCAGACAGACGGGCAGAGAGACUGGUGAGAAUGUUCUCCAUGUUAGAGACGCCGACACUCACAAUAAGAUCUAUCAUGCCCUGGAGCUGCAGUUUGGAAAGAGAUACCCCUGCUCGAAGAUCUAUGGUGAUGGCAACGCGGUUCCUCGCAUUCUCAAGUUACUGCAGGCCAUUGACCUGGAUGAGCCUGUCCAGAAGAAUUUCUGUUUCCCCCCGGUCAAAGACUCCUACUCCCAGGACAUCGACCACAUCUUGGAGAAGCAGAGCGCUCUGGCCGUGGACUUGGGCGGAACCAACCUCAGAGUGGCUAUCAUCUGCAUGGGGGGUAAACUGCUAAAAAAGUAUGUUAAGCCCAAUCCAAAUACCUAUGAAUCCAGGAUCAAGUGCAUACUAGAAAUGUGUAACAUUGCCCAAAAGGACGCUGUACCCCUCAACUGCAGGAUACUGGGAGUUGGAGUGUCUACAGGUGGACGUGUCAACCCACAGGACGGCAUUGUCCUCCACUCCACUAAGCUAAUUCAGGAGUGGUCGUCGGUUGACCUGCGGACGCCCAUCUCCGAUGCUCUGCACCUCCCUGUCUGGGUGGACAAUGACGGCAACUGUGCGGCUCUAGCUGAGAGGAAGUUUGGGCAUGGCAAGGGAGUGGAGAAUUUUGUGACCAUCAUCACCGGGACAGGUAUCGGUGGAGGGAUUGUCCAGCACAACGAGCUGGUCCAUGGCAGUACCUUCUGUGCUGCAGAGCUGGGUCACAUCAUAGUGUCUUUGGACGGCCCUGAGUGCACGUGUGGCAGUCGCGGGUGUAUAGAGGCCUAUUCAUCUGGCAUGGCUCUGCAGAGAGAGGCCAAACGACUACAUGACGAGGAUCUUUUGAAGACAGAGGGGAUUGACAUGAAGUUGCAAGAGCCAGUCACUGCUAUCCACCUCAUCAACGCUGCCAAAGAAGGAAACUCCAAGGCCGAAGCUGUUCUUAAGACAGCCUCCACUGCACUUGGCAUAGGCAUUGUUAACAUCCUCCACAUGGUCAACCCAUCGCUGGUGAUUCUCUCUGGUGUGCUGGCCUCUUUCUACCUCGACCCAGUUAAACACAUCAUCUCCCAGCGAGCCCUUCCAUCCACCCAGGCCAUCGAGGUCAUCACAUCAGACCUAGAGGAACCAGCUUUACUUGGGGCCGCUAGCAUGGUUUUAGAUUAUACUACUAGAAGGAUAUAUUAGGGGCAUACAAAUACCAGCGACCACCCCCAAGAGGACAACAAAUACCAUGUGUCUGCGCAUAU